UGCGUCGCCAUCCAAGCUGCGCGUCUACCCAACCCGAAAGUCCAAGCAGCGGAACUGUGCUCAAUGGCGAUGGCGGUGACCGGAGUUGCGAAAUGCCCGUGCUGAGAACCAGCAAGGGGGAGCUCGGGCGAUAGGAUCGGGCGCGCUGGAUGAUUAAGAACAACAGAUAAAUUGCUUCAUUUCACAACUUUCCUGCAUGAACAGAAGGCACCAUCUGACUGUUUGGUCUUUUGUCUCUGGAUGGCCUACAAAAUAUCUCUGUAUGAACUGCAGUUCUGUUACUGAAAAUACUUUUCUGGGGUUUACUUUUGGAUUUUGUGGUUUCAUUUCCUGUGGACAUUCCGAGUUUUGUGAUUAGGAGAACUUUGCUAGAAACUGGGCAUUCCAUUUUUCAUUCAACCUGAGCCUUGGGAAAGCAAGAGCAAGCUGUUUUAUUUCUGAACGUUUGAGCAGUUUGUAUCUCACCAGACGCCUGCCCGAGUGCUAGCAGUGAACUGGUUGGGUUCUGUAUCAGGUGAUGCAAAUCAGCAGUGACUGGGCCUUUACUAUCGUGUGGGAUCCCCCCACCCUGCAGAGGUUUUCUUCAUAUCUAAACACAAGGCACAUCUGCUGAAGAUCAACAAAGAGGGAGGAAAAUACACUUGGUUUGCAAGCAAGCCUCAUGAAGUGGCAUUCCUGUCUCAAACACACACGGGACUUUAAAGGAGAAGUGGCUUGUGAUGACAGUUUACGGGGUACCAGCUGCCCACCUUCACCAGAUUGAGCAGGAACUGGAUACAGAUGAAAAGGAAGCCAUGCUCUUCUUGUGCCGAGACCUUGUCCCUGAUCUGCCCAUGCCGGAUGUUCGGAAGCUCUUGUUGACUUUGAGCGAGAGGUCGAUGUUGACACCUGUGAGCUUGUCUGAACUCUUAUACCGAAUGAAGAGAUAUGAUUUGCUGAAGAAGGUCUUGGGGACCAGGAAAGCAGCAGUGGAAGCGAACUUGGCCAUGUGUCCUCAGAUGGUGUCAAAGUACAGAGUUCUGAUGACUGAAAUCAGCGAAGAUCUGGACAAAGAUGACUUGAAUUCCCUUGUUUUUCUUCUCAUGAAUGACCUUGGAAUGUCCCAUGUGAAGAUGGCAAAAGAUAAGAGUUUCCUGGCAAUAAUAACUGAGCUUGAGAAGUUAGACCUGGUGUCACCUAAUCAUCUGGAUUUAAUAGAAACUUGCUUCUUAAACAUUCACAGGAAAGACUUGGCAAAAAGAAUCCAGCAGUACAAAUGGGAAGCUCCAGUGCACCCCACUGGCUCCUCGCUUAAGUGUGCGAAUGCACUUCAGGCAUCGUUUCCGGAGCUGUCUCUUGCUGACCCUCCAGGGAUUGUGAACAAAGAAAGAUUGCUAAAUGGAGCACGUGCUGUUCAGGCAGAACAGAUUCACCUGUCCAUACCAGAAACAGGAGGAACCCUGCCACAGGCAUCAGGCAAGUAUCGAAUGCAGAGCCAGCCACUGGGAGUCUGCCUCAUCAUAGACUGCAUUGGCAACGAUGCCGUUAUGAUUGCAAAGUCCUUUAAGGCACUGUGUUUUGAAGUUCGAUGCCACUUAUUCUUGACUAUGGAUUCCAUGAUGCGAGAGUUGUAUGAAGUAGCAAGACUGAGACAACACAGAGACUACGACUGCUUUGUUUGCGUAAUGGUCAGUCGAGGUGACCAUCAGGGUGUCUUCUGCACAAACCACAGCGGUCCAGGAUUCUCUCUGGAAAGGGUGAAAAGCUUUUUCACUGGUGACCGGUGCCCGGAUCUCUCAGGAAAACCAAAGCUCUUUUUUAUUCAAAACUAUGUUGAGCCUGGCAAUAGGCGAGAAAACACCAGUCUGAUUGAGGCAGACGGAAAUCUGUGUACUAUCCCACAAGUUGCAGAUAUUCUCUGGAGCCAAAGUAUGUCGGAUGCAUCUAUUCUAGAGAGAUCACCAAACUCAUCUUCCUACUAUCUGACUGCCCUAACUGAUCUGUUGAUUGAUCCACACAAAAGAAUGUUGCCUCUUCUGGAUAUUCUUGUGGAGCUGAACAACAGAGUUUAUGAGUGGAACAGAACUAAUCUUUCACAGCAGUGCUCACUGGUAUUAAAGCAUACUCUGAGGAAAAAACUUUUCCUGUCUGGCAUCUAAAACAGUGGUGGGUGAGUUUCAUAAGGCCUUCCUCAAGAGCUAUCUGCAGGUAUCUCUUGAAGGGUUAAGUACAUGAGAACAGGUAUUCAGACAUGUUUUGCAUCUUUUUAGGCCACUCUGUCAUGUAAACUUUCAACAGAUGCUCUGCCAAGGGAUGCAGCUGAUAAAUAACAAUUUCAGUAGCAUGUGCUGUAACAUCACGUGACAGUAAAGCUUAGGCAAUUGAGGGUACUGCCUUUUAAGUGGAUCAUUUGCCACAAACCAGUGGAUGGAUCAUGGAAAGCAUGAAAGUGGCAAAAUGAGUAACUCAGGGUGUGAUCCUGUGUUGGCUGGAGCAUGCUAGAAAUUGUAGAAAUUUUUCCCUAUUAAAACGUAGGGAAACAUAGGAUUGCCCCUUUACUGUUCCGGGAUGAAGUCUUAUUUUAUUGUAUUUUGCAUGUAAGAUUUUCUUGGGCAAAGGUUAAGUGCUGUUUAACACCACAAUUUAUUCAAAUACGUAGCAUUACUCCUUUUUCUUAUCUUUUUAAGGUACUCAAAAUUAAGGCAACAAUUCCUUCAACAUAUUUUGCCAUUUAAAUCUGAGUACUUGAUGUGUCUGUCUUUAAAGAGCAAUGUAUCAGUUCCUAGCUUUUGGAUCUAUGAACCUCAGCUUGUUUUUACCCUGUUCUGGUAUAAAGCUGUUUCUUCUGUGUGUUUCUGUGGAAUAUAUGGCCUCUGGAAUUGCAAGGCAAAUAGUCGUGGAAACAACCUGGGUGGAUAUCCACACACAAGACUCUGUGAGCCCUGUCUCUUCUCUGUAAUCUGAAGACAAUACGAAUGCUAAACCACUAUUUGAAAUAGCAAUGCACCAAUUUUGAACUAGUUUAAUUAUAUUUUGAAAAUAAAAUAAAAUUUUAAUUUUAAAAAUGA